AAUCUGACAGAGACGUCAAUUACGCGACAUUUCUGACGCAUCACGCUGCUGUUCCUUGUCAGACCAUAUUUAGUCUGAUAUUUAUAGUACUUAAAUUUAAAAUUGUAUGUGGUGGAUUUUUUACACAUUUAUCCAUAUCUUCAUACGUACAUAUUGAAAAGGCCGUAAUUUAAGACUUUCGAUAUGGUCUCAGAUUAUACUUGAGAAAUGGGCAUGAAUGUAAACAAUUAAUCAAACAACCAAAGUAUUUUCAUUAUUGUGUUAUUUGCCAUGACCGUCAUAUAAAAAAAAAAGGUUACAAUUUUGACCUCAUCGGCUGUCACACUGCGUCAUCACCGGGUGUAGUACAGCGGCUCCAUCAUGUCAAGGAAACAGUCAGGGAAGCCCAUAAAGGGAAACAGGAAGUAUGAAUUAGAGAGGAAGAGAGACGAGAGGGCGGCCCGGCGGGCUCUGGCCAAAGACAAGAAGAACAGACCUCCAGGAGAUGAUGGAGAGGAGUUCGUCAGCUUCUCCAACCAGCUUCAGGCUCUGGGGCUUAAACUGAGAGAGGUGCCUGGAGACGGGAACUGUUUGUUCCGGGCUCUUGGAGAUCAGCUGGAGGGACAUUCGCGAGGUCACCUGCAUCUGCGGCAGGAGACGGUACAGUACAUGAUGACGCACAGGCAGGACUUCGAGCCCUUCGUUGAAGAUGAUGUGCCAUUCACAAAGCAUUUGUCAAACCUCUCACAGCCGGGCACGUUUGCCGGUAACGAUGCCAUCGUGGCCUUCGCUCGCAGCCAGCAAGUGAAAGUGGUUAUUCAUCAGCUGAACGCUCCUUUGUGGGAGAUAAAUGGUACAGAGAAGCCUUCAUUCCGUGAGCUACACAUCGCAUAUCGCUAUGGAGACCAUUAUGACAGCGUCCGAAAGAUUGGAGACAACUCUGAGAGUCCGGCACAUCUGUGUAUAGAGAGUCUGAAUAAUUCCAGACACUUCGGAGACGGUCAGAAGGACAAGACGAGAGGCACCUCUCCCUCACGCUCUCUCUCUGAAGAUGAAGAGCUGAUCUUGAGCAUUAUCUGUGCUGACAGUCAAUCAGACAAUCUGUGUCAAUCAAGUACUACAUCACAGACGUGCCACAGUGAUUGGCUGGAGUCUGAACUAAACAACCAAUCAUCACAGAGAGAUUGUGCCUCAGGGACACACCCUUUAUGUCAAGGCAUGCAGGCUGAAUGUAGUGAAAACACGUCGUCAACAGAGGGCAGCAUCUCACAUAAACCCAAGCUCUCUAAUAAACAAAGGAAAGAGCAACAGCGCCUAGAAAAGAAGAAACGUCAGGAGGAGAGACAUAGACAGAAGGUUUUACAGGGCAGAGGGUCACAUGACCAGAAUCAGAACAUACCUGAAGCCGUCACUCUUGUGCCAGCGCUCAACACCCUGAGCAUCUAGAGCAAACGUGGGAAACCGUUUUAGGUGGUCCGUACACUGUGUAAUGAUCCAGAAACCUAUCAUUUAAAUGUACAGGGAAUGUUUUGUAUGAUUGAGGGUGCAUUCCUUUAGCAGGAGAUGGCGUCAAGAUACGUCAGGUUGUACGCUGUGCUUGAGAUUGCUGGCGGCUGCAUUUUUUGCAUCGAACAUAGUCAAACAUUAACCCUCAUUAAUUUCAGUUGACCCAUCUGAGCUCAGCCAAAGAACACUUGGAAAGGGAAUCAAAAUAUUGAGAGGAAAAAGAGUUUAAGAUUAAUUAUGGACCACUGUUUAAGCCUGUCAGGGUUUUUGAUUAAUUUGUUUCAGUUCUGGUUCUACAUUCAGUUUUUGCAUUCCAGUUAUCAUUGUUUUAAUUUAGCAUUUCAUUUUCAAGCAGUUGGGCAACUUCAUAUUCUGCAGUGGAAUUCUGUAAAUAAAAUUUUCAAAUGGGAUUUAAAUUGUGUACUAUUAAAUAUUAUUCUCUAAAAGGGUGAAAUUGGUCACGAACAGGUCAUUUUUGAUCUCAAAAUCAAAUUAUAUUUUGCUUAAAGCAAAAUAAAUAAAUAAAUAAAACAAUUUUAGGACCAUUUAGAGUAGAGCAUUUAUGACAACUAAGCCCUUUUAUCAUUCCUGUGAAGCAAAAUAUGAUUUUAAGAAUGUAUACAUCUUGAACUAUUGCAUCAUAAAUUACUGUAUUACAGUAAUGGAAAAAUGAGUUGUGUGUUUUUGUAAUGAGAGUCUAAUGACAUAAAUAGUGGUAAUUGCAAAAAAAAAAAAAAAAAGCACUUUACGGUCCAAUAGCAAGUUUGGUUUUCUUUUAUCUUUUUUCCCCCCCUAUUUUGGGGUAAAA